AUAAUUUCUGAACUCGAUUGCCCACAGUUCUUGGUCUCCACUCGUGCUUCCUUUACGUGCCUCAAACGAUGCCUGUAUAUACUCACUGGUGACGGGCCCCAUCAGCGUGGAUCACCUCUUGGCCAGUCAGGUAGUCCCUAUUAUGGCGCUGUCAAUGAGUCUGGAGUCUCCUUGGCAUCCACGUCCACUCCUACUACUACAACCACACUGCCUGUCGAGUUAUUCUAUCGACCCUGGUCGAACGCAUUGGGACAAUUCACUUUCUUGCGUGCUUGCCAGGCAUUUCCGGACGUUCUUUGUUUGGAUUAUUGGCCUUCACGGCGCACAGAUCAUUCUUUAUAUAAAAUCAGUGCAGAUCAGGAGCAGCCGCCUGCGCAGAUUUGGAAAAACUUGGACUAUCUUCAAGCUCUCAUUCACCUUUCUGACCGUGGAUUAUAUUCUGAAGUUAACGCCACGCUUAAGCAUGCCUUCAUUUUGUUCCCUGAUAUCUUCAGUUCUUCUCUCGUGGAACUGACUUUAUGUCCACAAUUUCCAAGUACCCAUACUGCACCAAUCAAUCUCAACGCCCUACACAAUUCAAUGUUGAAUCAGGUUAUCAAAUACUAUCUGGCGCCGCGAGUCAAUUCUCAACUUGUACUCUAUGCUCUCUGGAAUGGUGGGGGUCAGGUAUGA